AAAGUGAACGACCCGAGAGGGGGAGGGGGAAGUGCUUCCAUUAUCAAUGGCUUCCUCCAACAAUCCCAAAUCAGAAAAGAAGAAAAUAAAAAACCGAGAAAUCUCCAUAACCAAAAGCAAAAGUAAAACGAAGAAGGAUAGAGACUUAGAGAAAGAGAAAGAGAACAAAAAGAAGAAUAAUAAGAAACUGAAACUCAGCAAUGGCAAGUCGAAACGACAAGAAGAGGAAGAGCAAGUAGGAGGAGAUGAAGAAGAGGCGAAAACGCACGUUUUUCCGAUGAAUCGUAUCAGGACGAUGAUUAAGGGCGAAGAUCUGCGUGCUUCGCAGGAAGCUCUACUGGCCAUUAACAAAGCAACGGUGGCUUUCUAUUCUUUGCGUUUUCAGUUUCUGUUACCAAUUGCGCCUUUUCCUUCAUCGUUUGCCUUUUCCUUGCAGGAGAAGUUUCUUGAACAAUUCACACAGGACGCUUAUGCUGGUUCUGUUCAGGAUCGUAAGAAAUCUCUGAAUUACAAACAUUUAGCAUGUGUUGUAAGUAAGCAAAGGAGAUAUGACUUUCUUUCUGAUUUUGUUCCUGAGAAAGUCAGGGCUGAGGAUGCAUUAAGAGAGAGAAAUUCAGGAGGGAAUGGAGGAGGUUAGAAAAUGUAAAGCAAGCUAGAGGAGAAUUUUAAAUUAUACUCUAUUUAAUAUUGUCACUUUUUGUAAUGGAAACCUGUAUCAUGAUGAUUAGUGCUGUACUUUACAUCUCCAUAUUGUAUUUAUUUUCGCACUUUUCUUUAAUAGUCCUAUUUCCAUAACUGUAGAUGAUCUUUCAUAGUUCUCACUCUUUUCCCCUCCUUAAAACUUGCAAACCAUAGUUUUGGACUUUU